AUGCAGCCUCAAACCAGCGCUCAGGUGCUCGAAGAAGCGAUCAAGAAGCCUCGAAGCAACUACAACUCGGAAGAAGAGAUGAUUGCAGCCAUCCGGUUGAACACCAACUUGACGAACGCCGACCUGCAGAACGGUGUCCGAAUUGCGCGUGGCCAGUAUCAGACCGCUGUCGCAGAGCUCGUACCCGCACUCCGUGCCGAAAAGGACCGAUUGAGCGAAGAGUGCCACAGGCUGAGUGACCAACUGGUGAGACUGAACGACGAGCUGGAUGCUGUUGAGGUGGAUUUGACCAGUAUGCAAAGCAAGACCAACGAGCAGAUGAAAGAUCAUAUCUGCACCACGGUAUCUAAGCAAUGGAACAUGGAGAAGGAGAAGAAGAAGCUUGUGGAGGGGCAGGCGAAGGUUCCAGACUACGUUGAGAGACCAGGAGGUGGGCCGUUGAAUGGGCAUGCAAUGGGUUAG